AUGACGUGCAAUUCAAAGUGGCCUGAAAUCCUUAGAGAGCUGUUGCCGAGUCGAACCGCACCCGAUCGGCCAGACCUUGUUGCAAGAGUUUUUUGUGCGAAACUAGAGGAUAUGAAAGACCAUAUCUUCAAAAAGCACAUCCUCUGUAAAUUUGGGGCAUAUGUUUAUGUCAUCGAGUUUCAGAAGCGUGGUUUGCCGCAUGCCCAUUUUCUUCUGAUAAUGACACCCGAACACAAAAUGACCAAUCUAGAUCAUUACGACAAGAAUGUAUGUGCUGAAAUUCCGGACCCAAACCGAUAUCCCCAAAUGCACGAACUGGUCGUCCAACACAUGAUGCAUGGUCCUUGCGGUCAUUUACGACCGUCCAGUCCUUGUAUGCAAAGUAAGCCAAAAAAAUGUCGUUUCAGAUAUCCUAAACAGUUCAACGACAAGACGAUGCAGGCUGAGGACUCAUAUUCAUUAUAUCAACAGAGAAAUAGUGGAAUAAAUAUGAAUGUACGAGGCAACAUCCUGGAUAAUAGAUGGGUGGUCCUGUAUAACUCGAAGCUGUUAAUGAUGUUCAACUAUCAUAUCAAUGUUGAGGCUUGCUCGAGUAUAACAUCUGUGAAGUAUGUCUUCAAGUAUGUUUACAAGGGUCACGACAAACAAGUUGUUCAAAUCGAUUCAGAGGAAGAAAGGGUCGUUAUUAACGAAAUUAGAAGGUUCCAAGAUGCAUGUUAUGUCUCCCCUCCCGAGGCGAUAUGGCGGAUUUUUAGCUUCAUACUUUCUCAAAUGCACCCUUACAUGAUGGUGUUGCAACUCCAUCUCCCUAACAAACAGAUGUCUAUGGGUAAGAGUCUUAAUGAUUUAGAUCUUCCAAUGGUAGAUGCAAAUGCCAAUUUUCAAUCUGGAGAAUUUUGUGAGGUACAAGAAGAAUGCUCUAUAGUUGUGGAGGACGAACACUUGCGUCCCCUAGACUCUCUCAAUUCCAACCAGAAAUACGCAUAUGAUGAGAUCAUGAGGCACAUAGACGAGGAUUGUCCAGGAGUGUUCUUUAUAGAUGGUCCGCGUGGAACCGUGAACAUAUUUUUGUAG